UGUAUUGGAUGUUUUCCCCAGAUCCCAUUGAUCCCAACGGUCGAAAUCAAUCAUAAGGUGUUUCUUCGAGACUAUCGGACAUUUCAAAGGGCUCCCUUGAAAUGACUGCGCUGCAUCUAAGACUUCGCGCACGUAAAAAGCAUCAGAAUACAGUCCAUUAUCAGAGAAUGUUUUCACCAUCAAGAGAUGGGCUUCAGCAACUUCUGAUAUAGCCCUAAUCCGGCCAGUGUUGCGAUACGCAUCCUUCAAGCUUACCCACAGACCGCGCACCCCCCGAACCCCUUCCGGCCCCCAAGAAUGAGCACAUAACACGCAAUCACCCAAAGCACUGCCUCCCCCUAUGGAACCGUCGCAAAAAUCCACCCCAAAACAAUCAAAACCUACCAAGCCCGCCUGCUCUCCCGCCAACCCAGCAGAUAACCACAUGGCUUCGCUAUUUUCCCCUAAUCGGGCAGAUAGAUGGAAAGGAGUGACAAGACAGAUAUCAGAUCAUUCCGACGGAAUUUCGGGGCUUAAAGGAGUGGACUAAUCCCGUUCCAGGGUCAGGUCGUCAGCCUGUACGAAGAUUGAGCGAGACAUGCAACGUGCAAUGCACAACGCACACCCUCAUUCUAGGCCCGCGCGCAUCAAUCACAAGAAUGCGAAACGGCGUCUCGCGUGUCUUGGGAUGGUUCGGGGGGAUGUGCUGCGCCGAGGUCGUGGUUAUCGACAGAUGCAGCACUUAAACUCGUGUUUACAUGUAUCGGUUCGAUAUUUAACUGCGGGUUGUCAUGUGGAAAUUUUCACAGGCGGCCCCGCGCGCAGCGCGAAACGACGUCUCGCGGACGGAACAACAAAACGUGCGCCCCGGGUCGGAACAAGGGAAUUGAUAUACGCGUAUGUAAACGAGAGAGAGAUUGAAUGA